CAGAGACAGACACAGGAGAGUCAGAGACUGCACAGCAAGCUGAGGAGUGGACCCCCUGAGAGAAAGGAGACAAAGAAGAAAUGAAAGAGAGCUGAGGAUAUUACAGCCCAGAGAGAGACAGACACCUGGGCCUCAGACAUGGCUAACAGGACAGGCCGAGCAGAGACCAGGAGCCGGGCAAGAGAUGACAUCAAGAGAGUCAUGGCAGUCAUAGAGCACGUGAGACGGUGGGAGAAGCGUUGGGUGACAGUGGGAGACACCUCACUCCGGAUAUUUAAGUGGGUGCCUAUUGUGGAUCCCAGAGACGAGGAGAAGUCAGGGGCGCAGACUCCCACAGAGCAACAGAAGGCAAGAGAGAAGCGCAGAGCACAGCAGCGCAGGAAGAGCCAUGCUCUGCUAAUGAUGGAGAUCAAUGAUGACAGCAAUAACAGUUCCCUGUCUGAUGCCUCUGGAGCGAGGGGCGAGGGGAGCGACAGCCCAAGUCAGACCCCAGAACUCAGCCGGAAUGUCAGCCCCUGCCCCUCAACCAGACCAAAGACUGAAGAUUUCCAGCCCCCAGAAUUGGGCCAUGAAGGGGAUGGAGCCCUCCUGCCCCCCAUCAGAGCAGAUGAACCCCCAAUGUUAACUAAAGAGGAGCCAGUGGCUGAAACACCUGGAGCCCAGGUGCCCAGCGGUGCCGCCAUCUGCCCACGUCUGUCUGAGGAGGAGAGUUUGGAUGCGCCGGCGCUAAAGAGAUUCUGUACAGACCAAGUCAUGAUGGGAAGAUAAUCCUCACAUCUGCCUUUCUGUAAUAAGUAUAAUCAGUAUUAUAUAUUAUAUUAUUCUAUGUCGCGCUGACAGGAUCUGCUGAAAUAUAUACUGACACCAAUACAUUUAAUUCUUCUGCUA